AUUGGGUGUUCCAAAUACUUGAAGGGCCUGAUUGCACUAGUAGCAAAGAUUGAGGAGGAAAAGUGAAAAUAACAAAAGAUGUUCUCCCAAUGUUGAGUAAUUCUUGGCAAACGGCGGUGAGAGUGAAGGCAAUGGCGACGUUGGCAACGUUGAUGCGAGCUAUGACGAAGAGAAGCACAAAUCAUAUGCCGUCGAAUCAACCUUUGCCUUCACUAAGACGAGCAUUCUCCUUAUACGAUCAAAUCAAUCUUAUCAAUAACGUUCCUGAAGAUCAAUUGCGCUUCCAGCAGUUUACUGACACCGGUUUCAGAGUUAAUGGGGCACAUUAUGAAGGUAGCUUGCUUUGUGUUGGGAACUUGCUAAUGUCUUGGCAGCCCAAAAAUCUUUCCGAGGUUACUCCAGAAAGCUUAUCUAUCUUCCAGACAGUGCGACCAGUUCCAGAGAUUCUUCUUCUUGGCUGUGGGAAGUACAUUCAACCGGUAAAUCCUGAGGUUCGUGCCUUUAUUCGUUCUACUGGAAUGAAAUUGGAAGCAAUUGACUCUAGAAAUGCUGCAUCAACGUACAAUAUUCUAAAUGAAGAAGGGAGGAUUGUGGCUGCUGCCCUUCUCCCAUAUGGAAUAGAAUCAUAAGGCUUUCAUGUAUAUGCUUUUUCUUUCACAAGUCAAGAUCUGAUUACUCAUCCGAGCCUAUCACUUUGCUCUUACUGGAAAUCAAAAUGGAAGAAAACACCCUGCCAAUCACUUCAUCCCGAGUUUGAUGUGAGUCAUGUGACUAUGUUUAAGAUUAGAUAAAAAUGAGAUAAGAACGUCUAGUGUUAAUUGUGCGGGGCAUUCGUGGACCAAUUCAUAAUGCUGUGUCUUUAGGUGAUUUUGUAAUUCUAAUAAUAUAAACACAAGAAAAAGAACUAAUGUUUCUCCAUUGUAGAUGGUCGAGGUUCAUCACUUCAUCUGUUGUGCAAGAAGAAUCUAUAUUUAUCAGAUUCAGGUGGGGUUGUUGAUUUUGUGAAUAGUGACUGCAGUUGUUUACUGAA